AUGGAGUCAAGUAGUGAUCAGCGCAAGUGUCACAACUGUGGCGAGGAAGGUCAUCUCCGUCGUAAUUGCCCCGAGGCCCCGUCACAGGACAGCGGUACAAGUGGAUAUCAUAGCAAUGCUGCCUGCUUUGGAUGUGGGAAAACAGGUCACAUCAAGCGUGAUUGCCCUACAAGUACCAGUGGUCGUGCAUGUCAUAACUGUGGCCAAACGGGUCACAUCCGUCGUGACUGCCAAGAGGAGAUGCAGCCGCCUAAGUGUCACAACUGUAACGAGACUGGCCACUUACGACGUGAUUGCCCUCAUGAAAUGCGUGAGUCUCGUAAAUGUCACCAUUGUGGCCAAUCUGGCCAUUUGCGUCGUGAUUGCCCUGAUGAUAGCGGCGUAAUUGAGGACAAAUGCUAUCAGUGUGGUGACACUGGUCAUUGGGCUCGAAAUUGUGUCGGUGUCAAAGAAUAA